AUGUCGAUUCCCAACGAAGCGCUCCAGAAGUUGGUGCAGGAGAUCGAGUCGCGAGCCAUCGUCUCGCAGCAGCAGCUUGGGCUCGUGAAGGCCCAGAUCGGCGCGAAGCAGCGGGAUAUUCGUCUCUUGGAACUUACAUCUACUGAGCUUGGUGGGCUACCGAAGGAGACGAAUGUGUACGAGGGCGUGGGAAAGAUGUUCGUAGCUACGCCGAUCUCGAGCGUCAACAAGCGUCUGGAGAGCGAGACGAGGGAAUUGAAGACGGAUAUAACGGAUCUGGAGAAGAAGCUACACUACCUCGAGACGACGCACAAGAACAGCGUGGAUAAUAUCGAUCAGAUUCUGAAGUCUGGAGGGAGGGCGUAA